CGUGCUAGUUCAGAUGCAAUUGCCCAACACACGUCCGAAUGCGGUUCAUCACGACCGAUAAUUACGCACCGAACAAACACAAUCAAUGGUCGCGUCUAUCGCGUUCAGAUGACCGCUAGCUCACACCCAUCAGGAUGUCACAAAUUGAUCACCUGCCCUCAUGAAUCCUGAACAGCCGCGAAGAGCGGCAACUGUACCUUUGCCUGUGCCUCAAAGUCAUACAAACCCGCCACCAGCUCCACCUCUGCCACCACAACAACGAGCUCGUAAUGCCCUGAACAGAUUUUUAGGAUUCCCAGCCAGAGCUGCUGAUGCAGAUGGCGAUGGACGUGAUGGCAAUGGUGCAGGUCUCAAGGAUGUUCAGAGACUUCCUAGCUUAUCAGCAUACAAUGCCAGCGCCAGCCACAAAACUGGGCUAGAAAUCAAUUCUUUAUCUAUCAACGAUGAAGGAAGUCAUGCAAUUCUUGCUGGACGAGAUAUUCUCAAAACCAUUCGCGUUGAUGAAGGAAGCUGUACUGAAGAUAUCAACAUCCGAGCUGCUAUUCGCAAUUACAGCGCUCAUACUUCUGGAAGAUCCAAGGACAACAUCAACAUAUCAGACGUUGCUUGGGGAAAAGGCAACUUUGGCAAUUACAUUGCUGCUGCAAAUGCCAAUGGACCCAUAACUUUGUACGACCUCAAUCAUCCUGGUAUCGAGGUUGCUCAGUUAAAGGAACACCGUCGGCAAAUUCACAGAGUCACAUUCAACCCCCAUGCUGGUCAGCAUUUCCUCUCCGCUAGUCAAGACGGAACCGUGCGACUUUGGGAUCUUCGUGACGUUAGGCGAGAUGCCAACACUUUCCCAAGCAGAUUUACAACAAGCGGUCAGAAUGAGGGUGUUCGAGAUGUCAAGUGGUCUCCAACUGAUAUCUUCGAAUUGGCAAUGUGUACAGACGGUGGCUUUGUGCAAAGAUGGGAUACACGCAAGCUCAAAAGUCCUUUGACACGCAUUGCAGCACAUACCGGGCCCUGUGCGACGAUCGACUGGCAUCCUGAUGGUAAACACCUGCUCAGUGCCAGUUCAGACAAGACAGUGAAGGUCUGGAAUAUCUCCGCCGAAGGAAGAAGACACAAGGCUGUUUAUGAGAUCAAGACUCCAUAUCCUCUACGCCAUGCUAGAUGGAGGCCAUCCUGUCAGUCGUCUUGGCCUACAGGUCGUGGUACCAGACAGUGUACACAAAUUGUCACAUCAUACGAGCGUGAUCAUCCUAUCGUUCAUAUCUGGGACUUCCGAAGACCGUGGUUGCCGUUCCGCGAGAUGGAAGGUUACCAGACUGCGCCGACAGAUCUUCUAUGGCAUUCUCAAGACCUACUUUGGACAGUCAACAGGGAGGGUAUGUUUCUCCAACACGACAUCAAGUAUGCUCGCAAAGUCAUGGACAAGCGCAACAUGCAAGCUUUUGCCAUUUCUCCGCUUGGAGAAUUCAGUCUGGUGACUCAGAAGAGAGCUACCCGUCUCAGGCCUGGGCUCAACCGUGACGAUAGUGAGGCAUUCAUUCGUCAACGACGUUCUGGCCUUUCUCCCGCAGAAACGAUCGGACAAGGACAUAGCUCCAGUCGAGGAUCGCAUGACGACACUCUGGAUGACACCUUUCUGAGCAGCUCUUAUGGCAAGCGUCAUACAAGAUCUCCCAGUGCAAGACUUGGAAAGACAGCGAAUGGAUCCCCGCCAGCAUACGAUGUCGGUUCUACUCGGACAGUCAGUCUUGAAGAUGUAUUGAAAGCAGGCCGAGCAUACAAGCCAGGUCAGAGUGCAGCAAGAGGUCGUCUACCUGGUAGUCCGAACCUCCUGCUGCUUCAGUACUUCGCCAAGCAGUACAAAACGCGAUCACUCCCAGAACCUCCUACGGUCGAAGCAUUUCUCAGUAUACAUGAGAUCUUCGAGCAUAAUGCUACGCAUGCACAAAAGGCGUCAUUAUAUCGUAUGGCUCAAUCAUGGAGGAUGAUGGGUCGAGCUGUGAUGACAGAGCUGCUGAAUAGGGCUAACCAUCAUCGAGGAUUGAGAGCCAAGAACGAUUCAGGUCCUCGCAAGAGUCUUUUGGACGAAUCACCUUUCGCCAGGAGGACACGAAGAUGGCUCGGGUCUAAUGAACGCAGACUGAGCUCUAAACCGGGCACACCAUUAACGCGACCAUUGAGAGCAAUGGAGUCGCUUUCGACUGUCCAGCCUGACAGUACAUCAAACGUUCCUACGCCAAUCGCGCGACCUGUGAAAGAUCGGCCAGAGUCCGAGCGACCCCCCCUCAAAGAGAUUGAAAAAGACGAGAGCCUCACUCUGCCUCCUUCCCUGCUGACUCCUUCGGAGAUUCGCGAGAAUAUCGAGGGUCAAAAUCGAGCUACACUACAAGCAGUUGACCAUCGAGCUAUCGAACAUCGUAAUUCAUGGUACGGCUCAGUCCAGAACUACCAAGAGAAGCGGGAAGCUAUCAGUAAUUGGAGACAACCUUUGAAAGAGCCGCUCACACUAGAAGACGGGCAUCAAGAAAGACCCAAGCCAACGAGAUACAAUUCUGAUGAUAGCUUCGGCAUGUUUCUGUCUUUAUCUUCUCGAGAUGCUUCGGGGCCUGCGUCGUCGGUUGCUAGUAGUAGAUCAAAUCUCAUGGACGCUGUGCAAGAGAAUCUCCGAUCAGCAGGUUCGUACGGUUCGAUGAAUCUAGGAAGCAGUUCAUCUUCUGAGCCCAUCAUCGGUCGAAGCUAUCAAGCCAGACAAGACGUUCAAGAGGAAGAACGCAGAGAGAGUGUGGUCAUAUCAUCCUCGGGAAGUGAUCAUGAACAUACCAUGAUGGUCCCUGCGCCAAGACAGAAUGCAGAUGCACCAGCAAGAGAUAUUCCUCGAGACAUGCAAACACUAGCUAUGAAUAAUCAGCAGAGUUUCACGUCAGAUGUCGACAUACUCCCUAGACAGCGAAAGCUUUCGGAUGAUGUCGGUGACAUGGAAGCUAGUGGCACCAUCAUUCCCAAUCGACACUCGAGGCAACUGGGAAGGUCGAGGGAAGGAUCCAUCACGAAGCCCACAGCUCUCGUCCAUAACACGGAAAGUGCGCCCGCUGUAGUGCCUUCCAAAAACGCUCUCGUUGACAGCACAAAAACGCCAUUCAUCACAGCCGACUUCUUGGCAUCUGAUUACAACAUUGAUGCUGAGAAGGACAAGCCUUUCCGUAUCAUCAACAUGCUCAACCAUCUUCUCGACUACCAUACUGUCAAAGUGCCUGACGCACAGGCAGCGACCAAUCUCAUCUUCAUGUUGACGCCACUGUUGCCAGAGACUCACGCGCUACCUCAAGCAAAUAUCGACGCUACCAUCACCGUAUACAGCGAGUACUUUACAGCCAUGGGCUACAGCGACAUGGAGAUUUACAGCCUAUUCUCAACAUCAUUCGAACAUCUUAUCAAAGCAGGAUUACAACCUUUACAGGCAGAAAGCAUCAUCAGCACAUACCACAGUCAACUUCAACACCUUGGACUGUUCAGUCAUGCGGCAUAUCUACGUCGUGUCAGUUACCCAAUGUAUCCGUCUGUCUAUGAGGGUGGUCUCAAAGACACGCAAAUGAGCUUCAUGUGUGGUACUUGUAAGAAACCCAUCAACACUCCUAACAAGAUGCGUUGUGAGAAUUGCACCCAACGUCAAGAUCCUUGUCCGAUCUGUUGGUGCGAUACCAGUCCUUUCGAAGGGUCUGCAAAGAUCAAAACACAUGCGGGAGGUAAUCGCACCUCUGUAGUCGAACCUCUCAUUCGACCAAGAACUGCUGGAGACGAUAGUGAUGAAGAAACUCAACAGCAUGAAGAGGUAGUGGGCGUGCAGAAGAAUGCUCUAUACUCUACUUGCCUGCUAUGCAAUCAUUCAGCUCAUGCAGCUUGUUUACGAACCUGGCACUCUCCAUCUCACACAGAUCUUUCUCCAACAUCCGCAUCAACGUCCGAAGGCGCUUGUCCAACUCCAGGAUGUCUUUGCGCAUGCACACCAGGACCUCGACGUAAUGAACUGCUAAACAAUGUCGAGAAAAGGGAGCGAGAAAAGAGUGUCCGUGAUGACGAUUGGGUGGUAGCAGAAUCCAGAGCCGCACAAACAGCUGCUACAUUGGCUGGUGGGAGAAAGCAGAGUGGACUGAGUCUUACCACGCCGACUGAGGAGGUUAGCAACAGUAGAAGAGAAAGAAGAAGUGUGGGCUUUAGAAAGGGCUAGUUUUCUAGAACGUCGAUGCAGCCCCUAUCUUGAAGAAAUAUUGCCAAUGUUGAGCUCGCCAGCCUGCCGAGGCGUCUUGCAAAGUUGCCAUCGAAAGGCAUCGUGGUUUUCGUGAUGACGGGAUUGUCCAUAGAGAACAUGUGUCAGUAAACGCUCUCAGCGGCUAUGUACUCUGUAAUCAAAAAACAUCUUGCCUUUUGACAGCCUCUCUCACGGAGCCAGCACACAUGCCGUUGCUGUCUUCCCCUAGUCAGGAUCAU